AGGGAGAGAGAGAAAACUUUUCAGUGGGUUUUUAAAGAGCGAGAGGAAGCGCGCGCCGGAGCAGCGACCAUGCAGGAGGAGUGUGGAGAAAGUGUUCAGACAGCUAGCAGUGUGUUGGUAUGGCCCUGCCCACUGUGUCAACAAGAUCGGACAGACAGAGAUGCUCUCGCCCAGCACCUGACUGAUAAACACAGCGUUUUGCCUGCGUGUCUGGACAGACUGCUUGACACCGCUGCACCAGUGCAUCAUGGUAGUGGAAGGGAAAUGGAGGAAACUGAUGAUGAGAAAAGCACUGAUGUCGUCUCUUCAAAGCAGAUGCCCUCUGAAAGUAACGGGGCCCCCUGUGACCUCUCUGAGACGGAGGUGAACAAUGCAGGAUCCAAGCGGAGCAAUGCCAGUACUUGGGUACCCAGGGGCUCAUGGACAAAGGUUAUGCCAUGCCCGGAGAAAGACUCUGAAGGUGAGGAAGAAAGCGAGCAGGAGGGAGUUAAGGACACCUUGGAGUGUGAUGAAGACAGACCUCCUGAUCCAGAAUCUUCAAAAACCUUGAAGAGUGCUCCAAAAAGUGCUGCUAACAGGGACAUUGCCAGUGAUGGAAAGAGCAUCACCAACAGCAGCAACACCAGCAAAGCUCCUAAUGACCCAGUGCUGGAGAAGUUUCUUGACCCAAACCGCCCAUUUAAAUGCAAUGCCUGCUUGGAAUCCUUUACUUCCAAAAGCGCACUGGGUGUCCAUUACAGUUCAGCCACCCACCUACAACGAAUGAGAACGGGGUCAGGGAAACAGGGUGAUGAAAACGAAACAUUGCCAUCCAGCACUGCUGCCUCUCAGCCUUUGUCUCGACCUUUCAUUUCUAACAAGCCCUACCAGUGUGCUGUGUGCCGUGUCUCUUACAACCAUGCAUUUACCUUAGAGAGUCACAUGAAAUCUGUACUUCAUCAAACACGCAGUAGAAAUGCUAUACACAGUGUUUCUGGCACUUCUGAUAAAAAAGGAACUGUACAUUCUGGAAAUGCCAUCACAACAAGUGCAGUGAAUACUCCCAUCCCAGGGGUAGGUUCUGUGGUAAAAUCCGCACACUUUGGAAGUACCAGCACCAGUAGUAUCCAGGGAAGCUCAAAUUCAUUGACAGGAGCAACCAAAGACACAGAGCAAAGCCAGCUACAAACUGUACCCUCAGCUUGUUCGCCUUCAGCGCCAGCCCUUUCUUUGCUCUCGUCUCCCGUGGCCUCACCACAGGCGGUGUCGGCUUUUCUGACUCUGCUCACCUCAAACUCGCAUUCCGUGACCCCUCCUCUGCAGCCGUCGUUGUUUACUGCUAACACCAGCACCCCUCCUGGCACGACAGCCCCCCAGCUGGAACUGAUAGCGCAGCAAAGGCUGCUCAUGCCCCUGUUCCUGAAUGGGCUGCAGAACCAGAAUUCAAAUCUGGACUCUCCCAGUGCGGUUCUGGCCCAUUCUGUUCCUCUGCUUGAUCUCAGUACUGCACAACAGGCUCUGCAAGCCCAAAGACUCAACAGCAUACAGAACCCAAGCUCUGGGCUAUUAGCUGGACUUGCCGCAGUCAUGCAAACCAAUGCAGGGCCAAACGAGAGGGAGGAGACUAGUGAUGUGAUAGAAAAGGCUAACAGAGAGAUUGUGGAAAAGGGGGAGAGUAGCCAAGGGAAGGAGGAACAUGUGAAUGAAUCACUGAAUUCCCAAUCUCAAGAAGGUGAGAGGGAGAGAGUAGAGAAUAUUGCUGUAAAUGAAAGCAGUGUGGAGAGGUGUGUUUCGGAUCCUGAAGGCAUGUUAAGUAAUGAGCAGACCAGGCAGGUAGAAGUCAGUGUGCAUAUUAGUGUGAAAGAAGAAAUAGCUAGUAGUGACUCUACUGAGCAGUCUAAAUUUGAACAGAGGGCAUUUGAAAAGGCAGAUAAAAUGAGAGAUGCAUCUCAGAUGAUUCAUGAUGGGGUGGAUAAACUGAAAUGCAGUAAAUCCCCCAAAAGGCAAAAGAAAACUCUCUCUCUUUGCGACAGUAACUGUUCUAUUAAUGAAACUUCUUUCCCUAGCAAUAUGAAACCCAGUGUUAAGUUUUGUCCUAAGGAAACAACCCAAAGCUCAAGUUCUAGUCUUGACCUGGACAAAAAUACCAAACUCACAAACUGCAUUAACACCAGCUUAAUGUGUAGUAGUAAUAGCAGUAACGGCAGUAGUGGUGGUCCUUCGUUAAUUCAAAAUGAGCAUUUACCACCAUCUGCUGUUUCAAAAAUGAAAAGUUCGAACCCUUUCUUGGGCCUUCCAGGCCUGUCUGAGUUUCAGUCACAGGUGCUUUGGGCGUUUCUGGAGUCUCGCAGUGAUGGAGAUGCAGCCAGUCCUCCCCGGGAAGACUGUGAGGCUCUGGGACGAGAAGUUGGCCUUGAUGAAGCAGUGGUACGUAGGUGGCUGGGGGAUGCCCGGCAAGCUAGGGAGAAAGAGAGAAAUUCAUCUGGUAAGGCGGCAUCCACAGAGGCAAACAAGGCCUUGGACAGGGAUGAGGAGGAAGAGGAAGGUGUCCUUACCAUAGUUGAAACUGAAGAAGGGGAGAGUCCCACAACAAGUAGCCAUGCUGUGGACUUGUCCUACAGUGGAGGGAGGGGGAGCCCUGGGGAGUCUGGCCUGACCUCAGACUCAGACAAUGACGGAUAUUAUACCUCUUUCAUUGUAACAGAUGAGGAGAGCCAAAAUGAUUCAGUUCGGGAAGAGACGGGCAGUUCGCUGAAGGAGGAAGCGGUGAAGGAGGAGAAGGUCUCUGGAAGAGGGAAAGUUCUUCGUUCCUCAACUGUGUUUCUGUCAGAUGCAGAAGACAGUGAGGAGGAAGAGGAUGCUGGGAAUCAUAAAGCAAAAAAGAGAAAAAGAACACAGGUUGAGGAAGUGGAAAUGAAGAAAGAGCGAUUAGACUCGGAUGUAGAUUUGGAGCUGGAAGCUCAAGCUGAUCCUCCUCCUCUGUCAGUUUCUGUUGAACAGCAAGGUAUUCCACGCAUCAGUGCUAGUAGCAGUUUGCAGACCCUCCCUAUGUCUGUCUCCCUCAGUCCCUUUUCCACCCAGUUCCUCAACCCUUAUGUUCUCUCACUACACCCUUCGGCAGUCAGGUUGGCGAUGGCUGAGGGUGACAGAGAACGUGAUAAAGGAAGGCCUCCUGCAUUCCAAAAUCCUCCUGCUAACACCCGUUGUUCUGGCCCUUUCCUGAACUCCCUAAAAGGACCUCCUCCAGCAUCCCACAUGUCACCUGCCAAACCCCUUUCCAAUGGAGGAAUCUGUGAGUCUGCAUUGGAUCUCAGCAUUGGGAAAAAACAGAGCUCCACUUGUUCUUCUUCCCCUGGUGAAAAGACAGCCGUCCAGAGAGAUCAUACAGUGGACGGACUUGGGAUAAGACAGACUGCACUCGCGGUACCAGGGACUGGUGGACUCAUAGUGGUCCGUGUCAAGCCAGAUUCUGCUGUAGCUCUUCCAACAUCUAACAGCAAUGUCAAUAGCAAUAACAAUGCACGGACUAGCACAGUGUACAUCAGGGCUGCAGAGCGAUUGAAUGCCUCCAGAAUGGAGAAGGAGAAAGAGAAGGUACAUGUGAAGGAGACAGAAAGUGAAAAGCAGCAGAAGCAAACUAAAGCUCGACGGUACAGGGACAUGAGGCGAUCCAGGACUAUAAUCCAGACAGAGCAGCUUGAUGUCCUUUAUGGCUGCUACUUCAAAGACCCAAACCCUGGGAAGCACGAGUUUGAGCGAAUCUCAGAAUGGGUCCAUCUACCCAAGAAGGUGGUUCAAAUCUGGUUCCAGAACAUGCGAGCUCGUGAACGUAAAGGCGAGGUGCGUUUCAUCAGUGAUGGCACGUUGGCGGCUGUGGGUAAACCUCUCAUAAAGUUCACUUGGCCACUGACCCUACCCAUCUUCUCAAGUAGUCCUAGUCCAAACACCAGCGCACCCUGCAGUGGGGGGAUCGCAAAGGUUUCUGCUGGAGCCACUUCUGUUACUGCACCUCUAAAAGUAAAGAUGGAGAAAGUGCAGGACAAGGAAAAAAAAGAAAGUAUGCCAAAAGAGGUUGGAGCUGCUGCUUCCCUCUCACUUUUGACUGUGCCUAAAUCCAAACCAGAGUCCCAGGUUCAGGUAGCACUUGCUAAAUCUGCCAAUAAGAUUGUGGCUGCUGCGCCUGCCGUCCCAAUCAUGGUCAUGAAAUCUCACUCUUCUCCUGGAUCACUCUCAUACUCAAAGCGAAAACGAGGUAAAGAAGAAGAAGAAGAGGAAGAAGAAAAAACUGAUGAGGAAGAAGAGGACCAUGGGACAGAGAAGGUGGGUCCUGGGUCCACCAACCGCAUGGUACCAAAAUUAUCCCCUGCACUCAAUGUCAAGCCUCCUGCCUCGGGGUCUCACAAACAUAAUGGUCUGAGUGAUUGGUCCCCAAAGGGUACCUUUAAAAUCAACACUUUGACCAGGGAGCAACUGGGACUGUCGUCAACCGGUUCAUCCGUCACAAAUGCUACCGCCACCUCCACUCCCCCUAACUCAAGCUCAACAGCCAAGUCCAGCCCGCAGGAAGGGGCUUUCCCGCACCAUUCUGCUCCUCGACGACCACGGACACACCUGACAUCUUUACAGGUCUCUAUAAUGCAGUCAUGUUAUGAGACCUGCCCUCACCCCAAUGCGCUGGAGUGUGAAACUGUUGGGACAGAAUUGGGGCUUCCUCUUAAGGUGGUGCAGAUCUGGUUCCAGAAUACCCGAGCUAAGGAGAAGCGGUGGCGGCUGCAGAUGCAGAAACAGUCUCCCAGUGCAACGGAAUCCUCCAAGAAGAUAGACACCAGCUCAGGCAGCUUCCUGCUAUACAAUGCACUCAGAGCCAACCGGCCCAUCUUACCUAAACCAGUGCAGCUGACGGUGCUGGAACCUUCUGCACCCCCAGGCCUUGGCCAACCAGCAGGGCGCGAAACCCUCAGAGGCCGGUGUGAAGCAUGCGGUGUAGAUUUUGAAUCCAGGGCAGCAGGGAGAACCCACGUCUUCUCUCCACGGCACUUAGCCACUCUGAGGUCCACUAACUUUGGUCAGCCACCUUCACUAGUCAGCAAAGGUUCCGGCGCAGGGUCUGCUUCAAGUUCUGGAGUGGCUGCACACCCUUCCCCCAGUACAGCCAGCACCACAAGCUAAAACAUGCUGGUACUGACACUUGGCCCACUGGGCUUUUCGUUUUAAUGGACAUGAAUGGUUCUGGGUCCUUAAGUAUCUUUAGAAUGACUGGGUGAGGCCCCAGCCUCCUCCAAACUUUUUCUUUUACUUUGGACAUCAGGUGGACUUUAUCUUCAGAGCUGUCUAGUUUUGGUACAAAAUGGGGCCCAUUUUAAUAGACUAACUGUUGACUGCUUCACUUAUAGUAAUAAUAUACACAAAACUGCAGUGCUGGAACUGCUUCUCAGUGCUUAUUAUAUAGUGGUUGUUCUUUUUGUGAUUUUAAUGAGCAGGCAGUCGGCUAUUGACCUGUACCUAUUUUUACCCCCCAUCUCCACCCUACUUGCGUUCCCUGUUUGCCCCCUUUUUAAUGCCAAGAGAAGGUUCCUGCAUUGAACCAUAUUCUUCACUGCGGUUUGGGCACGGGCGGCUAUGGAUUCUCUUGCUCAGCCUAAGCUCGUUGUUUUGGGGUGAGCCCCAGUGAACUGGUUCUGGACAAUCCUUGAAGAGUUAAAAGAUGAGUCCGUGGCUCAUAAAAAGCUGAAGGUGGCCCGUAUUCAGAAAACUGGUUCUUGGAUUUUCAACACACUUGAAUAAACUGAAACUGUGGAGAUUAGAACAGUAUAUGGAUUUGUUUAUGCAAAAUCUAUCCUUUUACAUGAGCAUCCUACCUAGCAAAGAACGGCUAUGCAGUGAAGAAUUUGAAUAUGGUCUGAGUAUUGGGGCAUAAUUUUGGAACUGAACAGAGAAAAGGAGAAGGUGAGAAGAUACAUACUUGGCUUUCAAGGAACCACAAAGGUGGUUGAACUAGGCCUUUAACCAAAGUGUUGUAAUCUUUCUCUUUUGCACACUCGUUCUGUCUGUAAGACAAUCCUGGAGAGAAGGGAAGCGUGAAUGAAAGUUUGGGGGUUCAGACUCUCAUUACACAGCACUUGGUGCAUUUUAAAAAAAUAAUGAUUUUGUAUACGAAGGACGUCUUUACACUUGACACAAUAGGUGCUGCGUAUAGGUAUGUAUAUUCUGUGAUGGUGAGCCUAAAAAAAGGAUGAAUAGUCGCCAUUCCUGCUUUGAGCACUGUGUGUACAAGGGCUUGCAUUACAAAUCCGAAAUGCAUGGGUCACACACCUUUGUGCUGUAGAAUGGGAGUCUGAUUUGUUCUUUUUUUUUAAAAAAAAUAUAUAUUUUAAGCAAUUGCCAACAAAGGAAUGCAAAAUCAAAUAUUGUUACACAAGAGUGUUUUAAAAUAAUAUUGGACCUUAAGGUAGAAUGAAUACAUUGAGUUUUAAAAGACAAAACCCUCAACCAACAAUGACCAGUGUCAGUAUCUGCUGACAAUUUCUGUUAAUCCAUAAAGGUAGAAGAUGUGACAAUAAACAGUGGCUAGACAUCUGUGUUAGUCUGCACUAUAACACAGUUCUCCUCCCUCUUACAUCUUGCUUUGCACUGUUUGUCCUUCUGUGUUAGAGCCUAUAAAUGAUUUACCUUGAAAUGGUUCCAAACAGCUCAUCUGAAUUACCCGUAAAGGGGUACUUCCUUUUUCUCUAUUUUCCUUCAUGGCGCUCGAGCUAAAGACGGCGAUGCGCUGCAUUGUACAGUAGUUACAGUCAGGAAGGGCUUGAGCCGACGUACACCGGGGUGGGUCCUUGUGCGGUGGAAAGCAUAAAGAUGCGUUCCUUGAAGAACGCAUGAAAUACUAAAGACGUUUGUUUUUCAGUUUUUGCUUUAAAGUUGUAUAUUAAUAAUGUUGUUACUAUUAAUAUUAAACUCAAACCUAAAAUAAACAUUAAAUAUAUUAAGAGAAGUGUUAUUCCAAAGUUGUUUUUAAAUUACUUUUUGCCAUUAAAAAACCAAAAAACAUUAUUUAGGGAAAGUGAAGAUUGGAUGGAUCAUGUUUUAAUUCUUACUGUAAAGAAUCUUCCAUUACUUGACAGUGCCAGCUAGUCCAGGGUUGGUACAUGAGCUACGGGGGCUGCGUUGCCUCCGCGUCAAAGGACUUUUGAAUAUGGGCUCAGAGAUGAUCAAUUGCUCAGAUUUUUAAGGCUUUUAGUAUAGAUGUAAGUGCUUUAUUUGUUUUAUUCUGUUUGUUUCAGCAAUCCCUUUGAUUCGUAUGCCAUGUUGUAUGAGGAUAGUAGCUCAUGUAUGCAAAACUGGGACAACGCUUUAAAAAACAAAAACAUGAUUGGAUCUCACCAUUUCGUACUGUCAAAGACAGAGGUAAUGAAGGUCUUUAAUUUUUAACCAUUUUUCAAUUUCAUUUUAUUAUCACUAGUAACUGUACUACUAUUGUUAUUGUUAU